GGAAACUUUGGUGCCUGCACCGUCAAUCGACAAGCCAGUCGCGUGCAGUGGCCGUCCAACGACGGCACCAUGUAUUAUCUGCUGAUUCACGGAUUUGGAGCGCGAGAGGGUGAUUUCCAGCUCAAUGUUAUCAACUACAAUCCCAUUAAUCAAGACCCUGAAAAGGCGUACGACAUUAGUCCAGGAGAUAUGGUUGUUGGAACAACCUUCCAGGCAAUACACCCCUGGGAUGGUGAUUCCACCAAUUGUGGAGGUCGACAUGGCUUGAUUGGUGAAUCUCCCUCAGUCUGGUACAGAGUGCAAGGUACCGGAGGCACGUUGCGUGCGUCGACGUGCAAUCCUCAAACAGAAGACGACUUCAAUUCAGUCCUACACAUCUUUGAAGGUUCGACGGAUAUUAAUCGGUGCUUUGCCGGAAACGAUGACCUUGCGUCUCCCGAUAGAUGCGCUCAGAUUGACUGGCCAUCCUCAGCGGGCCAAACCUACUACAUCCUGGUACAUGGGCGUCUGGGUGAUCAGGGUCUCUUUGAAUUGUCUGUGGAUUCAGUGUAG